CAUGUAAAACCUCACAAUCGGAUAAGGACUUCAGCUUCAGGAUCAGUUGGUGGGAACUUUUCGUACUCACUUUCCGUUUGGCUGUUUUGUGAGAGGCGCCGGAGCAGUGGAGAGUGGGUCUGUCCCCGUGAGUUUGGGGCAGAUGGAAGGAAUGGGCAGCAGCGGGGACUGUGCCAGGCAGGCAGGGAGCCCAGAGUCCCGGGACCCAGCGGAGGUCAGGGAGAGAGUCAUGGAUGGGAUAACGCCACAGGCUUCAGCUGGGGAGGAAGGGACUCUUCAGAUAAAAGGAGAGUGCUUGCCAUUCCAGAUCUUCCCGGAUCCAGUGGAGGUGGCGGUGGAAGGAAGGCACUUGUCUGCGGACCCAGGCUGUAUGUGGCUGAAAGAGAGGCUGCCAUCGAUUGUGGUGGAACCGACGGACGUCAGCGAGGUGGAAAGCGGGGAGCUUCGCUGGCCACCUCAGGGCCUGGGCUCCUUCGAGGAAGAGGAGGAUGAAGACCUGUUCCUUGAUCAAUGCAUCCCCCCCGCUAACAUCGCCGACUGGGAGGAGGAGGAAGAGGAGGAGGAGGAGGAGGAGGAGGAGGAGCCACACAGCAGCCUCACUGGUAUUGGUUUAUAAAUCUUGUAUGAGAAUAGUGUUAUUUUGUUGGAAUUACACACAGCAGAGGAUUUAAAGAAAAGGGCAGACUGUUGUUUUACACAGGGAGAGGUAAAUGGCAGAUAAUGUGGCAACCGCUCUCCAAAGUAUUCAGCCAGAAGCAGCUCUUAACUUAUGGGGGAAAGAAAACCUGCAGCGAAUUAGAAUUAAG